AUGCGUUCUUUCGUGUCCCUCGCUCUCUUCCUUGCUGUCUCUGGCUUUGUUAGCGCGAUGCCCAUGCCUCACGUCGGUGACGUCAGCGCUGGUAACAACGCCAGCGUCAACGCCCACAACGUUGGCAACAACGCGGAUGUCUCUGCCUUGAACGUCAACCACGCCCGCACGGGCGACAUCUCGGCCGCAGACGACCUCACUGCUGUUGUCAAGAACGUCGGCAACGGCGCCAACGUCAACGCGGCCAACGUCAACCACCGCCGCCACCACGGCAAGGUCUCCGCUGGCAACAACGCCAAUGUCAAGGCCAGCGACUUGCUCAACAACGCCAAGGUCUCGGCUGCCAAUGUUCACCACCGCCGUACCGGCGACGUCUCCGCUCUCGAUAACCUCACCGCCGGUCUCAGCAACAUCGGCAACGGCGCAGAUAUCAGCGCGUUGAACGUCAACCGUCGUACUGGUGAUCUCUCCAUCCUCGACGGGCUCACUGCUGGUGUCAAGAACGUCGGCAAUGGUGCUGACGUCUCUGCUGCCAAUGUCCACCACCGCCGCACCGGUGACGUCUCGGUUGGCGACAAUGCCAAUGCCGUGGUCAAGAACGUCGGCAAUGGCGCUGACGUCUCUGCCCUCAACGUCAACCGCCGUGACGGUGAUGUCUCUGCUGCGAACGAUCCGACGGUCAUCCUCCAGGACCUCCUCAACAAGCUCAAGCUCGAUGUUGCGAACGUCAACCGCCGUGAUGGUGACGUCUCCGCUGCGAACGACCCGACGGUUAUGCUCGAGAACCUGCUCAACGGCCUCGACCUCAGCGCGCUGAACGUCAACAAGCGCACUGGCGAUGUCUCCGUCCUCGACAACCUCAACGCUGGUGUCAAGAACGUUGGCAACGACGCCACGGUCGAUGCGGCCAACGUCCACCACCGUCGUACCGGUGACGUCUCUGCCGCUAACGGCCUCAGCGCUGACGUCGAGAACGUUGCCAACGACGCUGACGUGAAGGCCCUCAACGUCAACCACCGUCGCACGGGUGACCUUUCCAUCCUCGACAACCUUACGGCUCACGCCAGUGACAUUGGCAACGACGCUAAGGUGAACGCUCUUAACGUCAACUAA